AUGGCCGUGGAUACAAGCUACCUGACCAGCCAGGUCAACUCCAUCGUCGAGCAACUCCAUGGCCUAUUCGAUGAUAUUGGCGUCCCUCACCAUGAGCGGGAGUCGCGUGAGUCUGAGUUAUUUUCAGCUCUCUCAGACACGUUACACGGGCAUUUGCAGCGUGUUGACGAAGAAAAGAACGAAAUGAUGGAAGAAGCCCACCAUCUUAAGACAACUAUUAAACAGAUGGAAGCCUCCCUUGACGGUAUGGGGAGAGGGAACCGAGAGUACGAGGAAAUUGAGAUCACAUAUCCCUUAAACAGGUGUCUUGAAGCUCUCAAGGAAAAACAUAACUCGGUUAGUAAACUACACCGCGAGAGAUUCGAACAGGUAAAGAAGCUCGUGGAAGCCUUGGAAUCUUACUCGUCGCACCUCGAGCCAUCCUUCGUUGCCCUAGAACUUCCACCCACGGAGCCCGGAGCUGUGGCUCCUCCAUCAUUCGACCUUUCCUCUACAUAUGUUAAGGCGCUCGACGCUGAGUUCACAAGAGUAUAUGAAGAGUACAACCGCCGCGUUGCAACAAUGAGCAGCCUGGGACAAGAUAUCGUGAAUUUAUGGGCCGAACUCGGCACACCACAGGUCCAAACGGAGCCCCUGAUUGUUAAACAUUACCGUGACUCUCCGGAACAAUUAGGCCUUCACCAAUCAGACAUCGCUAACCUCCGCUCACGACGAGAGAAACUUCUGGACGAGAAGAACAACAGGGAACGCAAAUUAAAGGAACUCAAGGCAGCAGUAGAGGCCCUUUGGGACAAGCUAGGGGUUGAGGAGCCUGAAAGAAAAGCCUUCCUGGCUUCAAACCGUGGUUGUGGGCUGAGAGCCAUAAACGAGUUUGAGGAGGAGCUUUCCCGGCUUAACGAACUCAAGAGACAAAACUUACAUCUCUUUGUCGAAGAUGCUCGAUGUCGGUUACAAGAGCUAUGGGACAACUUAUACUACUCGGAAGAAGAAAUGUUGGACUUCACCCCGGCAUUUUCAGAUGUUUACAGUGACGCUCUAUUAUCCGCCCACGAAGGAGAAAUCGCGCGUCUUGAGGCGCUGUUGGAGGAAAGAGCACCAAUUCUUCAACUGGUUGACAAGCACAAGUCUCUGAUUGAGGACCGCAAUUCUCUUAACGCUUCCAGCCAAGAUGCUUCCAGGUUGAUGGCCCGUGGUAACAAGGGCGAGAGACGCGAUCCGACCCGGCUCCUUAGAGAAGAGAAGAUGCGAAAGAGGAUUGCAAAGGAGCUACCAAGGGUUGAGUUGGAACUCAGGAAGAAUCUCCAGCAGUGGGAAGACGAAUAUGGUAGACCAUUCCUAGUGCAUGGCGAACGAUAUCUGGACGAAGUUACACCCGCGCCUCCACCAUCGAAGCUUCCUCCGCGGUGCAAAACGCCCUCUUCAUUCUCUACCGCAUCAAGGGCAAAUUCUGUCCGAGGAGCACCUCCAUCAUUACGUGGUGGAGCUCCACCUAAACCAGCUAACCCUCCUCCAUCACGGGCAAAGACACCAACUAGCCACGGCUCUGUGAGAAACAUCCCCAGACCUUACUCCGCAGCUGCCGGAACCUUUUCAAAAUCUCCUUCAAAGAUACCUGCUCCCCGUAUUCCAUUGGCCAACCUUCCGCAUGGAAAUAACUCUCCAGAAAGACGGGAGCAGCCGACACAUACCUACUCCUCCCAAACUGUCAGGGUCCCUAUGGGACCACCGAGAGCACCACCACCAAAGAUGAGAGAUCUGUUCCACCCACCAAGGCCACAGACAUCUUUCUCUUCUUACAGGACUGAGUCAGAGCAUUGUCCAAGCCUGAUUUCGGGCGGCUCCAGUGGUAAUGUAACAUCUGUUAGCCCAGAUGAGGAGGAGCCACAGGAGAGGAAGCAUCAUCAACGUUCGCGUACACAGCCUUCAGUACCUUUGCAGGCGUCGAGUGUAAACUGCUCUGUUCAAUCGCUACACUCUAACAUCCAAGACAGCGAGCAUUACCAAGCCCAGCAGUCAUCUUUCGUUAGCCAGUCAAGUGACAAACAAUACCGGCCGCAAAAUCCCUCCAACAGACAGAUAUCAAAUUCUACAAUACAAACAGUAACAUCUGGCUCAGAAAACUGGGAAACCUAUGACGAUGCAUCCGAGCCUGAAGCAGAUGCAACUGAUGUCUAUUAUGCUAAACUACGAGCCGCCCAUGGCAAACGCAUGGGAACACCGGGGGAUCUAGGAGGCACAAAGAAAAUAAGGGGCAUCCGGGGCGUAAGCUCUGAAUACGAGGCAGAGAACCACUACUCGCACCGAGUCGACGGUAGCGAUGGAUGGACAGAUGAUUUGGAACACUACUAA